AUAUUUGACACACAUACACAAAUCCUGGCGUACGCGAGCAGGCUUGCACCUUAUGCGCAGGGGAUGCAUACAAAAAAGUAACAAAAAAAAAAAAAACAACAAGAGAGCAUGCUGUCUCCCCUCUGAGACUCAGACCGAGAGCUGCGCCCCCACCCCUCAUACCCCCCAGCCCUUACCCUCCUCCCCUCCUGCCUUCUCCUGCUGAGUGCCUGUCUGGGAUCUGUCCUCACUGAAGGACGCGCUCAUUGACUCGCUUUAUUAGGACGCGUUUAAUGAUGCGAGACCGCCGCCUGCCGUAGUGUGACCAGCGAGCAGAGAAAGAUUACCUCACAGAUCAGAGAGAGACAUGCCAGAGAGGAUGUCCGACUGAGACUGGUGCUGCUGCCCUGCCGGAGAGAGCUGUCAUUUUUUUUUUUUUUUUUUUAAACCCACUAUUUUCUGUUUUCUCAUUGUGUUCCUCAGAGACUUGGGCACCUCUCGGAUGGUGGACUGAACAGCUGAAUGUCAGCUGCUUGUGGAGCAUGGGUACAACUGCCAGUGCCGCACCACAGCCUGUUUCCGUAGCGUCGCCGCUUGAGAGUGUCCAUGGCAACGGGAUGGCCGACAGCAGGCAGUCUCUUAGCAUGAGCCCCUUUCAGACAGUCAACAUCCACAACAACAAGGCCAAGUCCAUUAUCACCAACAAAGUCGCACCUGUCGUCAUCACGUAUAAUUGCAGACAAGAAUUCCAGAUUCAUGAUGACAUCCUCAAGACCAACUACAAACUUGGUCAGAUAUCAGACACUAUGCCUGAGCACUACCUGGUGCAGGGGGAGUACUUCAUGGUCCAGGAUGUGUACAGCAAGGCAGAUGUCCUGAAUACCACGGGCAGCUACGGGGCGCCCAACUUCCGUCAAGUCAAGGGAUCCUACCCGCUGUAUGGGAUGGGUCAGCCGAGCCUGAACGGCUUCAAACAGGUUCUCCAGAGGCUCCAGGCGCAAGGACAUGAGGAGGUUAUAUUCUUCUGUGUACGAGAGGAGCCGGUCGUUUUCCUGCACAAGGAUGAUGACUUUGUGCCAUACACCCCCAGGAGGAAGGAAAACCUACAUGAGAACCUUCAUGGUCUGGAAAAGGAGGUGCUGGUGGAGAGCCUGGAGCUCACCAUCAGGAAGGAGCUCCACGACUUUGCCAAGCUCAACGAGAACAUCUUCUUCGUCUACAAUGACAUAGAGUACUUUAAAGACGAGCCGCAGAAGAUCUCUAUCACGUGUGAGGAGGACAUCCAUGUGACCGAGGAGGUUUAUAAGAGGCCCAUGUUCACCAUGCCGGCCUACAGGUACUACAGAUUACCAUUACCAAUGGAGGGAGCACCAUUGGAAGAAGACUUUGACGCAUUUGUUAACAUACUCAGGGAGCGCCCCAGCUUGUCUCUGGGCCACAAUGCGUCCCGGCCGCUGCCUGCUCUGCUCUUCAGCUGUCAGGUGGGCGUCGGCCGUACCAACCUAGCCAUGAUCCUGGGCACACUGGUCAUGAAUCGCCUGAAGGGUGAUUCACAGCCUCCGCCACAAGUUGAGGAGGCAGCAGCUUCAGAACCCAAACCACUUUUCCAGGUCAUCCAGUCCCUGAUCAACAAGCUGCCUAAUGGACAGCAGGUCAUGGAAGAGGUUGACCAGGCUAUUGCCCUGUGUUCAGAAAUGCACAACAUAAAAGAAGCAAUAUACGAGAACAAGAGUAAGCUGGAAGGGAUUGGAGAAGAUUAUCAAAUUCAGGGAAGCAGUACCAAAGAUUACUUUCUCAACAGAACCAUCCAGAGCUUGGAGCGCUACUUCUACUUGAUUGUAUUUAAUGCAUACCUUCAUGAACAGUAUCCUCUUGCCUUUGUGUCCAACUUCAGCCAGUGGAUGUGCUGCCAUGCGUGGCUGUACAGGUUGCUGGCCUGCAUGGACCUAUCAGAGCUGUCAGCUCCAGCUGAGCUGGUCACCAGAGGAGCUCGUGUUCUGGUUGCUGAUGAGUACUUGGCUCCCGAUGUGCUCAGCACAAUGAAAGAAAUGAAGGCGGUCAACUUCAGACGAGUGCCCAAGAUGCCUAUUUAUGGAGUGGCUCAGCCAACAUCAGAGGCUGCCGGAGCAGUUUUGGCCCAUCUGACGGAUGAGAGGAGGAAACACAGCCACGUGUUGUGGGUAAAUCUGCAGGAGGAGUUGGUGUUAGAGGGAAACGGUCAGAUUUUCACCCCGAGGGAGCCCUCGUGCCUGGACCAGCACAUUCCUCUCCCAUCAUCGGACCCACAGCUAAUAGAGAAACUGGAGACUUCUUUGAAGGAGGCAAUCCUGCAAGCUCAGAAGUGGCUGGAAGUAACGCUGGAGCAGGAGAAACAGAUGAAGAUGUUUAAAAGCUGCCUGACGGUCCAGGAAAUCUUCAACCAGCACAAAAGCUCCCACCAGGGCCUGGUCUAUAAACGCAUCCCUUUGCCGGACUGCAGUGCACCUAGGGAGGAGGAUUUUGAUAAGCUGCUGGAGGCCAUGAAGAGCGCCUUGGCCGAGGACUCGCACUCAGCCUUCGUUUUUAACUGCUCCAACGGCAAAGGCAGGACCACCACAGCCAUGGUUGUCGCUGUUCUGACUCUCUGGCACUUUAAUGGUUUUCCAGAGUUUGCAGAUGAUGAGAUUGUAAGUGUUCCUGAUGCCAAGUACACAAAAGGAGAAUUUGAGGUUGUGAUGCAGCUGGUUCGAUUGCUCCCAGACGGUCACAGGAUGAAGAGGGAGGUGGACAUGGCCCUGGACUCCGUCAGCGAGACCAUGACCCCCAUGCACUACCAUCUGAGGGAGAUCAUCAUCUGCACGUACAGACAGAUCAAAAGUGGUAAGACGGAGAAGGAGUGUCAGCAGCUGCUUCUGAGGAGCCUGCAGUGCCUGGAACGCUACAUUUACCUCAUCCUCUUCAACACAUACCUGCAUCUAGAGAAGAAAGACUCCUGGCAGCGCUCCUUCGCUGUUUGGAUGGAACAGGUGGCUGCCAGGGCCGGAGUUUAUGACAUCCUCAACCAGCUGGGCUUCUCCGAGUUUGAAAACCCAAGGGACACGCCGUUGGCCAGGCUGCGCUGCCGCUGGCAACAGCAAAACAUUCAGUCACUUCCUUUCCGAGGGGAGUUCGUUUGAGAGAGGAUCACUGUGAAUGCACCAAAACAGUACUGUGCUUUUCAGAAUAAAAGACAUUUACAGUAACAUUGUCAUGCCUUUUAUAUUUAGCCCUGUAUUAUGCAUACCUUCACUUCAUCUAUGGUUUGUUUUACUGUUUUUUCAUUUUUUAGGUGUUUUAAUGUCAAGUCUUAGCAGACUGUUGCUCCUGAAAUAGAAGUUGAUAUUUGUGCCUUUGCCUUUUUUUCCCAAUGGUAGAACAUAUGAUUGACUAAUAUUUAUGUUACUUUUUUUUUCUUUGUAAUUCAAAGUUUUUUAAAAAGUUUUGCUUUUUUUGCUCAAUCUUGAAGCUGAGAUAGCCUUUCAAAACUUCUAUUGUACCAUAACAAAAGUUAAAUGUUGUUAUGGAGAAGAGAAGCAAAUUCCAUUCUGUUGUCAGCCAACAAUUUUCACUGUAUGUCACAACUGUUUGCUGUUGUGUGACCUGAUAUUUUUCUUGAGCCCUGUCCUUUUCUUCUCAGCACAGCUGUCAUCAGUGGCUGUGAAUUUGUCUGACUUGAGGUUUUCCAACGUUGAGUUUCUUUUGCUACAGUAUAACAACAGUAGUGUGUCCCUCUGUUGUACCUGUUUGUUUUUGCAUUCAUUCAUAUGUGUCAUGAUACAGGUACUAACAGUACAGCAUGUCAGGAAUUUUUAGAUUAGUUUGAUUUUACUUUAAAGUUGUGCAUGUGACAUUUUAUUUGCCUUUAUGAACAAUACAAUAUUCACAAUGCAUCCCACCCACUGACAGUUCAGUCAAAGAUCCGGGUGUACAGUAGUGCUACUCAAGACCUGUAAACAAACUUUGAUGUAUGAAAUUGGCGGAGUUCCCCUUUUAAUCAGCUUGGCUCUCGCACACUUCACGACCCUUGCCAGUAAACCGUUACGAUGUGACAUCACCGGUCCGUCAGCAGGAAAUUAUAUGUCUGACGGUUAAAAUUAAUGGUUUGAAAAUGCCAGGCCUGCAAAUACUUGGGUUAAAGAAAACACUUGGUAUUAAUUGAUGUAUGAUAAAUAUACCCUUUAACAACUGCAGCUCGUGUUGGUGACAUCAGUUGAGGCAGAGGUGGAGGACAACAGCUGCCUGGCUCACUGUUCAAAACAAUAAGUUAAAACUGCUUUGUCAGAUCAGCAGUUAGAACAUUACUUUUAUUCCACACAAUGCCAAUUAUUGUUAGGCGUGUCUGCAUUCCCAGAAUGAGUUUAACUGUACAGUAUUUCUUUAAAAAGUCCUAACACCUUUUAUUUUGUUUGAGUAUUUUGUUAUUCUUGAGUUUGCUAAUAUGUCUUUAGUUGUCAAGUAACUUGUAGCUUCACGUGUUCUGUAAAAACCACGAACCCUGCCUUAAAACCAGAAAGAUAAGCCGGGAAAAAACCCUCAAAAAUCCCUCCUCCCGAUGCCUUUCAUUCCGAUUUGUUCGGUUCUGUCAGUGUGUCAUAACAUUUGCACUGUAUAUAACUCAUCCAGACUAAUUGAGCAAAAAGAUUGUGAUGAUGAAAAUGAAAUGGAAAUUGAAAUACUUUUUUAAUGCUUUAGAGACUAUUACAAACCUAUCUUUGUGUGACUUGACAACACAAGAACAUACAUGUCCAGGUUGCAAUAACACCUUAAAGUCUUAGCUAUGUUCUUAAUUUAAUGUUUUUUUUAAACAAAAGAACUCUUCAUAGAAGCAAUGUAUUAUCUUUUAUUCACUGUAUGUGCCAACUAUUUUCUUUUUGGGGGGCUAAAAUAAAUAAUUCAAAUAGAUUUAA